UGAACUGAGUUUGAAUUUAUAACAAAGUAAAACAAAUAAAUUAAAUUAUGUCUGGACGUGGCAAAACAAGCGGCAAGAUGAAGGCGAAACCGAAGACUCGUUCUUCCCGAGCCGGGCUUCAAUUCCCGGUGGGACGUGUUCACAGGCUGCUCCGCAAGGGGAACUACGGCGAGCGCAUCGGUGCCGGAGCCCCGGUCUACUUGGCGGCUGUUCUUGAGUAUCUCACCGCCGAAAUUCUGGAGUUGGCUGGCAACGCGGCCCGCGACAACAAGAAGACCAGAAUUAUCCCCCGUCACUUGCAGUUGGCGGUCCGCAACGACGAAGAACUCAACAAGCUUCUGGGCGGUGUCACCAUCGCUCAGGGUGGCGUGUUGCCGAACAUCCAGGCCGUUUUGCUGCCCAAGAAGACCGAGAAGGUUAAGCAGUCCAAGUAAACCUGAAAGGUUCAUUCCUCCGCUCCACAAAGGCUCUUUUAAGAGCCACACACAUCUUUCAUGGAGAGCUUUAUACUUCCGUUCCAUGACCCAAAUUAGAAAUGGGAUUAAUGUAUAGUUUAGCCGUUUUCAAUUCAAAAUAAAUAGGAAUUAUAGUCUUGACUAAAGGCCAAUUAGAGCACUUUGAUAGUCAUUUAAAUCGAAACGUUUGUGAACGACUGGUCUCUUGAAAAACUUGAUCAGCAUUACACUGGUAUUUUAUUAUUAUUUUUUAAUUAAAGUACUGUGUGAAACACUUCUUUUAAAUGACUAAUCCAAGAAAUGGUGUUUACAGGCCAGCAAUUUGUUUAGUCUCUUUUAAUAAGUAUAAAGCGUUCUUACAUGAUACUAAUACUCGGUCUGUGUACUUUAUGAAUAUGUGCUGCAUUCGAGAAAGGUGGGAAAUCGGAUUUAUCACACUCGGAUGGUACCAGUUGAGACCUCAAAGCGUUCCAAGCGACUGUAAACACAUUGUGGCUGAUCGCCACAAUGUUUUUUUUCCCUUCUAGUUUUGGACAUUAAAAGACAUUUUGACCUCCAGCAAACCUGCCUUGUAGUAAAUCAUCAAAGAGAUAUAUUUGUAUAAUUUUAAAUAUAAAUAUGUACAUAUCAUAACUUAAUGCAAUGGCUGUAAAAAUCUGUUACGUGUCGUUGUGUUAAAACUUUUUUAUUUUUUAUUAUCGUUUGUGUUUCACCAUCGACGGUGUGCUUUUCGACUGGUAGCACCAUUUUUUAGUGACGUCAGAUUGAAGCAACUGCUGAAAUCGGGGUACUUUUUUCAGAUUUCAUGACUAGGACUUCUCAGUUCGAGUGGCGUUUACUGGUGGGAGGAUGGAAAAUCAGAUUUCCCUCAAAUGCAGCAUAAAGCCUUUAAUGCAAAAUACACAUUUUACUACAACGUCAUUGUAGCCUUUUUAUCUUAAACUAUGUUGCACCUAAACGUCAUAAAGUAGUACUACGCAGUAAACAAAAAUUCUGCUUGUUAUGUCAUAGGUACGAGCACAGAAUGGAGUUUUAAAUGCUAUAAUAUGUGGUAUGACUUAUUAGCUGGAAUUAAAUGCCCUGUGGAUAAAGUGAAGGCCCUGAAAAGGGCCGUUUGUUUGUUGGUGUCGAUUUCAAAUUUAGCCGCCAAAACCGUAGAGAGUACGCCCUUGUCUCUUCAGAGCGUAGACCACGUCCAUGGCUGUUACGGUCUUCCUCUUAGCGUGCUCGGUGUAUGUUACGGCAUCACGGAUGACGUUCUCCAAGAAGACCUUCAGCACACCGCGAGUCUCCUCGUAGAUGAGACCGGAGAUACGCUUUACUCCGCCGCGACGAGCCAAUCGGCGGAUAGCGGGCUUAGUGAUACCCUGGAUGUUAUCACGAAGGACUUUGCGAUGACGCUUGGCGCCUCCCUUGCCGAGACCUUUGCCGCCUUUUCCUCUACCAGACAUGUUUACUGGAGUGACGAGCUUCGAUAUAUGGUUACAGUGAUGUAGCUUUGGGUAUUGUAUUACUUCUGAGGACGUGAUAGAAGACAGAGGCAGUCUUUCCAUUCUAGUACCGCCCAGUAUUUACGUCAUCGUGGCUUUGACACCACCUAGUGGAAAUGCCGAUGAACGACCUCUUCACUAUGCAACUUUUCAUGUCUUUGGGUGUUUAGGGAGCGAGCAUUUUCAAUUUUAUUAUUAUUUAUAGCGUAUUAUUAUUAUUUAUUUAUCAGUAUUACUUCUUUGAAUCAA